AUGUCCAAGAAGGAACUCGGUAUACGGAAUCUACUCUAUCAAGAACUUCUGGAGAGCGACCCCGUGGAGUACCGCCGCUUGCUGCGCGUUGACUCCAACCAGUUUGCUGACAUUCUCUCGUCAAUUGCAUCGUGCAUCCGAAAACUCGACACUGAAAUGCGUCCAGCCAUUCCAGCCAAGGACAAACUUCAACUGACGUUGCGGUUUCUUGCUUCAGACAGCAGGUUUUUGUACAUUGAUGUUGGCGCACCUGGGUCUGAUGGAGAUGGAGGCAUUUGGAGGACGACACCACUGCGGAAUGCCAUCGAGAACGGAACAGCCGGGCUGCCGAUCUCAGGACCUGGACCGGUCGGCGUCCCACCCGUCAUCGUGGGAGACGACGUCUUCCCCUUGUCUGUAAACUUAAUGAAGCCGUACACUGGUACAAAUUUGGAUGAAGAAAAGGUUAUAUUUAACUACAGAUUAAGCCGAGCCAGACGGGUAGUAGAAAAUGCGUUUGGCAUUCUGGCAAACCGUUUUAGGUUUUUGCACACGACUAUCGAUGCCGAACCAGGAAGGGUCACCUCAUUCAUCAAGGCGGCCUGUGUGCUACACAACUAUUUGCGAGCUGCACCUGUGCUUUUUAAAGCGUCAAGGGAGGAGCACCAGCGAAAAAGGGCAAUCUACUUCGGGCUACGAAGUUGCAAAGGGCGCUCCGGGGCAAGAGCUCUAGAUGUGCGUGAGCGUCUACUGAGAUACUUUAAUGACGACGGCGCCGUCGCGUGGCAGAAGGAACAGGCGGGCCUUAAUCUGCGGAUAAAUAACAAAAUGUAA